UCAUGUGAUUCUGAUGGUUGCCAGAAACUUUUGUUCAAAGUACCUUUUCAUUUUAUUUGCCUGGCUUAUAUCUGACUGUUGUGUAUCUCUUUUUCUUUAUAGACAAGUUGUAAGGGAGGGGAACAAUGACAAAAGUGACAAGAGAGAAAUUUGGGGAUUUACCUCAUGGUGAAGGGGCUGUGGAAAAAUUCCUGCUCAAAUCAGACACCGUUGAAGUAGAGAUUAUAUCCCUCGGCUGCAUUAUUACUUCCUUGAAGACUAAAAACAGAGAUGGAGAGUUCUCGGACAUUGUUCUGGGCUUUGAUCACUUGGAAGGGUACAUUAAGAAGCACCCCUAUUUUGGAGCUGUUAUAGGACGGGUAGCAAAUAGAAUUGCCAAAGGGAAAUUUGUGGUUGAAGGAAAGGAGUAUCACUUGGCCAUCAACAAUGGACCCAACAGUUUGCAUGGUGGAAUAAAAGGAUUUGACAAGGCUGUCUGGGGCCCUGAAAUGCUGUCAGAUGGUGUACGUUUUUUCAGAGUAAGCCCAGAUGGUGAGGAGGGAUAUCCUGGAGAGCUGAAAGUGUGGGUAACAUAUACUCUGAACAAUGGGGAGCUAACGAUAAAUUACAAAGCUCAAAGUAGUAAGACAACCCCAGUGAAUCUCACAAACCAUUCGUACUUCAAUCUUGCUGACCAGGGGUCACCCAAUAUCUAUGACCAUAAAUUUACCAUAGAGGCAGACUCUUAUCUACCUGUGGAUGAAACUCAGAUCCCUACAGGAGAAGUUGCUUCAGUGCAAGGCACAGCUUUUGAUUUGAGAAAGCCAGUGGAGCUUGGAAGUCAUCUGCAGAAGUUCCAGCUUGGUGGGUUUGACCACAACUUUUGUUUGAAGCAGGCUAAAGAACCACAUUUCUGUGCAAGAGCUUACCAUCCUCCUAGCGGCAGGAUAAUAGAGGUAUACACAACUCAACCUGGGAUUCAGUUUUAUACUGGAAAUUUCUUAGAUGGUUCUCUGAAAGGCAAAGGAGACUGUGUGUAUCCCAAACAUUCUGGCUUCUGCCUUGAAACACAGAAUUGGCCAGAUGCAGUGAAUAAGCCUUAUUUCCCAGAUGCUCUACUGCACCCAGAAGAGGAAUACAGGCAUAUAACUUGUUUCAAAUUCUCUGUAUCAUGAGUUUCUGCAGCAGGAAAUUUCAAGAGAUUUGCAAAUGAAGCAAUCAUGCAAUGCAAUACCAGACCUGAAUUUGUUAAUUCUUUUAAUCUGUUAAAAACAUUUUCACUAUUUUGCUAUAAUUCACUGCCUACUCCCUAUACGUAGGACUGCUAAUUCCAUUCCAUACUUUUAGCCCAUGAAAGCUCACAUUUUGAAUAAAACUUUGUUGGUCUUAAAA